UGUUCUCUAGGUUAAGCAACAAAUAUUUCCAACAGCCUGUGUUUACGUUGUACUGGGAAUAUGUGACCACAAGUUUGAACCCUCCAUAAUUAAAGACAGCUUUCAUUUCUUUUCAUUUUUAAUAUUUUUUUUUCCAAAAAAAAAAAAGAGACAGCUUUCUUUGGUUUGAGAUACUGUUACGCUCGAGUGUGCGUAGCAUUGGGUAUCGUGUCGUAAGAUGUUGGAUUUCUUAGCGUACACCGUGCGGCGCAUCUUCAUCAAACAUAAUGCACUCGCUUCUCCAUUAUGCUUCAUCAUCAUCAUCAUCAUCAUCAUGUCAAACUGAAACUGAAACCUUAACCCUUAUAUCCCAUUCGCUUCUCUUUUAUUUUAUUUUAUUUUGUUUCCAGAACUGGUAGAAACAAAACGGAAUUCUUUUGAAUAAAGUAAAUGUUUUAAAGUUAAACCCAGAAGAAUAUUCAUUCAGACACUUCAAGUUUUCCCCUCCGCGGAACAAAAUGGGGAUGGGAACUAGCACCUUUGUUACUAGAUGGAUCAACUUUCUCACCAUGCUUUUGGCCAUUGUUGUGAUAAUAUUUGGAGUGUGGAUGAGCACUCAUCAUGAUGGCUGCCGAAAGUCUCUCACUGUGCCUGUAAUAGGCCUCGGAGCAGUUAUUUUCUUAAUAUCUGUAGUUGGCUUUUUGGGUGCCCUGAAAAACAACUCCAUACUAUUAUGGAUUUAUCUGAUCACGUUGUUCUUUGUCUUGGUGGGAAUCCUGGUCUUCACAGUAUUGGUGUUCAUCGUGACUAACAAUGGAUCGGGUCAUAGUGUUACUGGCCUGAGGUAUAAGGAAUACCAACUUCAAGAUUUUAGUUCUUUGUUUCUCAAAGAGUUAAACAAUUCUCGUAACUGGGAAAGGUUGAAGGUUUGUCUUGUCAAAUCUGAAGACUGCAAUAACCUAUCCAAAAAAUAUAAGACUCUUAAACAAUAUAAAUCAGCUAAAUUAUCACCAAUUGAAGCUGGCUGCUGCCGACCUCCUUCCCAAUGUGGAUAUCCUGCUGUAAAUGCAUCCUACUAUGACUUGACCUUUCAUCCAGUUAGCCCAAACAAUGACUGCAAGCGGUACAAGAAUUCUCGAGCCAUCAAAUGCUAUGAUUGUGACUCUUGCAAGUAAGCAUGCAUGCCCAUGCUCCAUUUCUGUUUUUCUAGAGUAUUAUAUACUUUGUGGGAUGCUGUGCGAGACGAAAUGCUGCCAGGAGCCAUUCUAAAGCUUGAAGGGAACCUCCUCUAUCUAUGCACCCAUCAUCAUAUCAAAUGCUUAUUGAAUUGUUAAAGAGGAUAUCAGUGUCCUCAAAUUCGUGUUAUUUUUAGGACCCCUUGGUGAUGGAUUGUGUAAUCGUUGUGAACACCAUGACUUGAUUUGUUUUAUUAUUUGAUCUAAUGUGAAUAGAAAAUCCAAAAUCAGCAACCUCUACACGCCACAGAUUAACUUCUUGUUUGUUCGCUAAGAUAAUAUUUGAAAAUAAAUCACCUUUUAUCA